CUUGCCGCUCUCAGUCGCGGGAUCGAUAUCUCAGGAAUCGGUACCGUCCACCCGUGUCCCGCGUCCGCCGUCGUCGUCGUCCGUCUCGGCCCUCCGUGGCUCCGUGGAAAAUGUCCCUGGGAGCCGGACCAGCAUGAGAAUUCAUUUCCUCCCGUCAUGUGUCGUCUCCUUCUCCGUCGUCCUCAACCUCUGCGUCGCGCCCGUCAGCGAAGAACACGAGCUCAUCCGCCGAACACUUGUUAAUCACUGGGUUGAAAAGUUAGAUGCAGACCUGUGGCAUUUUGCAGAUUUCGUUACCAGAAGGAAAGAAGUUCAAGAGAGCUUCAAGGAUGCCAAAUUGGUACCUCGAGAUGGUCUUCAAAUGGUCCAUCAUAUUGCAAAAGAGAUCAAACAGAUGAUGGACCUCAAAAUAAGUGCUGUCAAGCGAAUAAUGGACACCGUUGAGAACUCUGCUAUGGCUGCCAAUUACGAUGAAAAAGUUCCAAAAGAUUACACUUAUUACAAUGCACGACUGCUGGUCCAGCCGGGCGAACCAAUUGACAUUACCAUGCCUGGAGUCAGGGAACUGAACAUGACUAAAAAUAGCCAUUUUUAUAACAUUCCUGUCAAUACUAGCGUUAGUUCCGUUCAUGUGCCUAUCAACGUUUACGAUAGAGCUCCAGAUGUUAUUCGGGCCAUCAAAUGGUCUGAAACUCUUGACUCAAUUUUCCUAAGCAAUUAUAAACAAGACCCGUCACUGUCAUGGCAAUAUUUUGGAAGUGCCACCGGCUUCAUGCGCCAGUUUCCAGCGAUGCAGUGGAAACAGGAACCAGUAGACUUGUACGACUGUCGGAUGAGGAACUGGUUCAUCGAGGCAGCUGCCAGUCCAAAAGACAUGCUGAUUUUAAUUGAUAACUCAGGGUCAAUGACAGGACAAAGGAAAGAAAUCGCUCGUCAUGCGGUCAACACAAUCUUGGAUACUCUGGGCAAUAAUGAUUACAUCAGUGUCAUGACCUUUACAAAUGACACCGAAGAUGUUGUCCCUUGUUUCAAAGAUUUACUCGUACAGGCUAAUCUUGCGAAUGUUCGGCGAAUCAAAUUAGGUGUCGAGAAAAUGGCGAUGGCAAGCAAUAUUGCCAACUUCACCAUCGCACUCACAAAAGCGUUUGAAUUGCUGGAGAAGUAUCGACGCGAGCGGAAUGGAUCACUUUGUAACCAAGCAAUAAUGCUAGUCACUGAUGGAGUGCCUUAUAAUUAUGAAGACAUAUUCGAGCGGUACAAUUGGUUGGAGAAACAAAAUGGAAAGAUAACCCAUGUUCCUGUACGAGUGUUCACAUAUUUAAUAGGACGUGAAGUGCCUGAUGUACGGCAAGUGAAGUGGAUGGCCUGUGCAAACCAAGGUUAUUACGUUCAUUUAAGCACGAUGGCAGAAGUCCGAGAACAAGUUCUAAAUUACAUUCCUGUCAUGGCACGUCCUUUAGUUUUAAAUAGAACCACUCAUCCUAUCAUUUGGACUCCCAUUUAUGCUGAUAUUACAGAUCCUAAAAUGACGGACUAUCUCUGGGAGUUAAAGGAAAGUGAAGAGCAGAGAGAGAGGUCCAUCAGUUUCAGACAAAACUCUAUGAAGUUUGCGUCACAGGAAGAACAGGAUCGGCGCUUCGUCAUGAAACUUAAAGCAUCGCUUGACCAAACUUACACUGGAGAGUUGCAACAGUACAAAUUAAUAACCUCCGUUGCCAUGCCUGUUUAUGAUAGGAGAGAAAAUGCUAACAUUACUGAGCGCCACCUCGUAAACGAAGCAUUUUGGGUUUACGAAACAAGAGAGACUAGAAUAGCCAACUUACUAGGAGUUGCUGGCAUUGAUGUACCUGAAGGAGAUAUAAAGAAACUGUUGACGCCUCACUUGCUGGGAGUGAAUGCCUAUGGUUUUAUUGUGACCAACAACGGUUACAUCAUUCUGCAUCCUGACCUUAGGCCUGUGUUUCAAGGAAUUUUAAAGCCAAGCUACAACAGCGUUGACAUGGCCGAUGUAGAACUAGUUGAUGAUGGAAAUGCUCCUCGAAAAUUUGAUCUCAAUCUCCUGAAGCUGCGGAGGAACAUUAUCUUUCAAUCCAAUACUAGUAAUUCCGGCUCGCUGCCAGUGAAAUAUCAUUAUGAUAAUAUGAAGAGAGUGUCACGGGGCCACCGGAAAUACUUUUUCUCUGGGAUCUCUGGCACUCCUUUCUCUGUAGUUUUGGCCUUCCUUGAACCGCUGUACUCCCACAGAGUAGAUGCAAUUGAGGAGUUACAUCUGCUUCGGUCCGAAGGGAAAUCUCAUAUCACAAGUUUUUUUAAGGGUAGCAAAUGGAAAAUUCACCCUGAAUGGUACUAUUGCAAGUAUCUAUAUGAUAAGGGCCAACCCUUCGAGACGCCUGAAGCAGAAUUGAUGCAUUUCCUUGAAAAGAGUGAGGAAAGGGGUUGGAAAUGGCCAUCCAGCCGAAAUACAUCACCGCCCGAAUCCCACUCUAAAUCCAGUUCGAGCAAAACCGAUAAAUUGGACAAGGAUUCUUAUUUCUGUGAUCGGCAUCUUUUCUUGUCCUUGUUGUACGAUGCGAAAGCAACCGAAUGGUUUUCAUGGAAUAUGACAAAACCUGCCGACGAACUGAAAAGCCCAAUUGCAAAGCUGAUCAACUUAUUGCCAAGGCAGGAACUCAGGCAAAGGUUCGGCUUGGUAGUUGCAUUUAUGGCAACAAGAAGUGGGCUUACGCGGUGGGUCGAUUUUCAUUCCCUAAGUGCUGAAGAAUAUAUUCGUGAGCAUAAAAUGCCACAUUUUAGUGAAAUUCAUAAACGAGCCAUUGACGAAUUGUGGUAUCGCAGAGCAGUUGAAUAUUACCUCCUGGAUUCCGAAAGCUUUGUCUAUUCUGUUCCGCAUGAUGCAGGGCCUGAGAAUGCAACCCUGGUGACAGCUAGUCAUGCCAUUUUUCACACUAAUCGAGGGCACAAAGCUCCGGCUGCUGUCGUUGGCCUUCAGUUUCAACACUCAACGCUUCAUUCGCUCUUCAUGAACAUUACAUACUCUUGUCCAGAAAUUUCAGGUAUCAAAUGCAAUCCUCAACAAACAUGUGCCUCCAGUGAUAUCCACUGUUACAUUUUAGAUAACAACGGCUUUAUCAUAGUAUCGGAAGAUCGAAACGAUACAGGGCGGUUCUUUGGAGAAGUUAACGGUGCUGUCCUCAAUGAGUUGGUCAAAGACAAAGUUUACCGAAAGAUUGCAAUGUACGAUUACCAAGGUGUUUGUUUUGUGCGGGAGGACGAGGGCGAAGUUAGCUUCUCCAGCAAAUUGUAUACACCUGUGGAACACCUUAUCUUCUUUAUCAAUUGGCUGGUUGGCAACAUCUUCUGGCUUUUCAUGCAGAUUAAUUUGGAAAACAUUUCCCAGUCGAUCGCAUACUCCUUUGGAAGUGAAGAUCCUGAUGCUUAUGCCGAUGAAGACUACGGCUAUGACUCAUUGGGUGGUGGUGAUUCUGCACGACUACCUGAGAAAGCGUAUGCAUCAGUCAUGAUCAAUAGAACACGUCCACAACCCUGCGAUAGACAAGUCUGGCUUUAUGAACUUUUGCAGGAGAAAUUGCGCAAACCGCGACAAACUCCAGCAAGUGAAUGCAGGCCAUUCAUUGCUGUGAACGUCCCAAGAAGUAAUUUAGUGAUGGUGGUGGUGAACAACUUGUGCCGCUUGGAGUACACUGCGCCCAUAGAUGUUAUUCCUAAGGAAGUUCUCUAUGAUGAUGGAAACGAAACCAUGCUCUGUCACAAAGUACGUCACAACACAUUGUCGCGACGGCGUCCUGAUAUUUGUAUCAACCGGCAUCCUGAAGAAAUAAAUAUUGAGCUUUGCGGUAGAGGUCUUCAUAUCUCGCCACAGUGGAUCACCAUUCUAAUCAGCUUACUGGCUACUUUGCGCCCGGUGCUAUGAAUCACUCCUACUGUCGACCAAUUAAUUUUAAUCAUUUCAUUCUCACUCACUGUAAAUUCUAUUGCAUGUAAAUUUCCAGUUCAUUAUGUUUUUAAGUAUCAAAUACUUUACCUCAUUUUUUGCCUACGUUCAUAAUUUUAAUUAUAUUUAUAAAUAUUUAUAAAUAAAUCAUGAGAUUUCUUGUUUUUAA